UCCAAAACUCCUACCGGCAAAAAAGAAGUCAUGAAUAAAAAAGGCCUGCUCUUAUGCCGUGUGCUUCUCUCCAUAUAUCUCUCUCUCUCUUCUAUGGGCAGAAACACUGCUUCCCCAUUAAUUUUUCUCGCCGACCACCGACUGAAUUAGAUCUCCGGCCAUGAAACCCAUAUCUCCGAUGUCUCUGAUCAGCGAGAACAAUGUUUGAAGAUGAACGAGUGGUGAAGCAGCAACGCCCUAAAUUUACUCGUUUUUCUUUCUCCAAUUUGUUGAAAUUAUUGAGAAUUGCUAGAAAUUAUUUGGGAAGAAGCAAAAAAAAUCCGAUUUUUAGUAUAUUUUCAGAAAAUGGGUGAAGAGGGGGAAAGUUCAUCUUCUCGUCAAGUUUACCCACCUGAGGUUGCUUAUGCUCCGGCGACACCAGCAAAGCCCGACCGAUCGGAUUGGGGUCCCAUCGGCAUUGACUGGCUCAAGAAUCAGUUUGAUGAAGUCAUUUUUGAAGAAACAUCUGCAAAGAAGAGUAUCAGUUGCUGGGAGGGUAAUUCAGUGUCAACAAGUCAUAUUUAUGAUCUCAGUGGGUUUUCCAUGGAUGAUGUGGAAACAUGGAAUAGCAUUUCUUGUAGGGAUCUGCUUGCACUUGCAGAUGCCACGAUACGAAGAGGUUCCGAUGAUGGUGAUCACGAUAGAUCGGAUGGCUUGGAUUUUGAUAACAGAAGCAACUGCAUUGAUACACAACAAUAUGGGUGGCUAAAUCUUGGUAACUACUCACCUGAUCUUAAUUUGCCACCGGAAAUGGUAAUGAAACCACUGGUAAGCACUGGUUUAUCGACUCAAAUUACGCCAGGGACACCAGAUCAGGCCAGAAGGGCAGAGCAUAAACAAAUGGGAUCUGAUAUAGUAGCAAAAGUUGUAGCAGAUAACAACAAAGAAAGGUAUAAUCUUGAUGAACAGCCGCAAGUGCAGGUGCUUGUCGAACAACUACAGGGCGAUGUUUCUACGAUUGUGGAGGCAAAUCAAGACUUCGAAAAGGGAUUGACUGCAGAAACCAAUUUGAAUGAAACACCACAACCGAAACAAAGAAGAAGAAAGCACAGACCAAAAGUGGUUAGAGAAGGUCAGCAGAAAAAAGCAAAACAGUCCGCAACCCCCCAAAAGCCUGAUGGUUCGUCAACGGGGAAGAGGAAAUACGUCAGGAAAAAGGGGGUUGAAAAGUCCCCAGCAACACCUGCCGUGGAAGAAGGGAGUGGGACGAUAGAUCCAAGCUCAGAUCAACAGAAUAAGAAAUCGUGCAGGAAAAAAAUCAACUUUGAUGAGACUGAGAAAGGGAAUGAAGUAACGGUUGAGACGGCAGAAGUUAAUAUCACGGUUGAUAAAACAUGCUCGAUGAAUCAAGUGGUAGAAACAAUACUUGAAAGCCAGUCCGCAAGCCCUAUCACCCCCAGCAAAACCGAGCUACCGAUAAAGGAUGCCAAGCACACCUACAGAAAAGUAAAAUGUCGGAUAAAUUUCUUACAAGAAACUCAUGAUAAACGGCCGAGUAGCGUAUCAAGUCCAAAUGAAUCCAACUGCAGCACCAGUGCAAGUUUUAACAAAGGAGAAGCACAGGGAUCAAAAAUGGAACUUUCAAGUAAGAUUGUCGGAAUGGAACUUUGGGAUGAAAAUGCCAUAGGAGUUGGCUGCAAUCUAUCAAAGUUCACCAACGAUUGCAGUGGCGGUAAACAAGGCAUGCACUUACCUGCAAACAAGAAAAAGAGAAUCGAGAAGUGUCGAAGUUCCAUCACAUCUGGUGCAAUUUCUUCCGUGUGUUCUGCACAAUCUAGUGAUUGCAGCUUCUUGGCUGAACAAAAUGCCAGUAAAGCACCUCAAAUGUCAAAAGACUACGUUUUAAAGGAUGAUCAACAACCUUAUAAGCAGGCAUUUGGACAUCUGGAGAAUUCCAAAAAGAAGAGAAGAAGCAAAGCUUUAUCGCUGAUCCCUGACUUGGCUUUAUUUCCUGGAAUUGUAGAAGGUAGACAUUGGCAAACUCCCAAAGAAGGAUCAAGAUAUGAAGUUGCAUAUCAGCAGCAAACAUACACGGAAGCCCAUGCUGCAGAUUUCCAUGUUAGUAUAGCAACCAAGAAACGGAUGAAGAAAAACGCUAAGCUCCCUUCUUUAUAUCAAGACCACCUGCGCUUCACCAAAGGUUGCAUUGAUUCACUUAUUAACCAAUUUGAGAGGCUAGAUAUAAACAGUCAGAUGGCUGAAGAAGGCAGGGAUGCACUUAUCCCAUACUUGUCGAGAUACAAUGAGAAGAAUGCUCUUGUUCUAUAUCAAGAAAGAGGUCUUGUUCCUUUUGAAGGUUUGUUUAAUCCGGUGAAGAGAAGAAAGCCACGUCCUAAAGUUGACCUUGACGAGGAGACGAGUAGAGUCUGGACGCUUCUAUUGGAAAAUAUAAACAGUCAAGGAAUAGAUGGAACAGAUGAGGACAAGGCAAAAUGGUGGGAAGAAGAACGGAGAGUCUUCCGUGGAAGAGCAGAUUCAUUCAUAGCACGGAUGCAUCUUGUCCAAGGGGACAGACGCUUCUCUCGGUGGAAAGGAUCUGUCUUAGAUUCCGUGAUCGGGGUUUUCCUUACCCAGAAUGUAUCGGACCAUUUAUCCAGUUCAGCAUUUAUGGCUCUUGCUGCACGGUAUCCCCUCAAGUCAAAGAGCAGCAGUGAACCACUCCAUGAUGAUGAAUCAAUUCUCUCUGUGAAAGAACCAUGCCAAGUAGAUCAAGACGAAACCAUUACAUGGCAUGAGAAGCUGAAUCAGCCAUCUGGAGACCAUGGUCCUAUGAUGCUGCAGGACAUCGAUCUGUGCGAAGAAAAAGAAGUCGUCAACAGCAAUAAAUUUCCUAAAAAUAGCGGUUGUGUUGACUUGAAUGUGUCUUCAGAAGGUGAAGUUCCAGAGUUAGCUGAAAAAGAUUUAGCAAUGUACAAGGAAUCAGUUGUAGAUCAGAUAGAAAAUGAUGAUAUAGCCUCUUCACAGAAUUCAGCAAAUAUGUCUCCAAGCUCUGUACAAUCUUCAGUUGCUCAUACCACUGAAAGAUUAGGAUCCUGCUCUAAAGAAGAACAAAAGGACAUGUCUAAAGCUACCAUUUUUGGUGGGUACACUUCUUUUGUUGAGUUACUGCACAUGCAAGGGACCACAACGGUGCAUGAAACAUAUAGUCAACAACAAGCAGAAGAAUCAUCUAAUAAGAAGAUUGGGCAGGAUGAAUUAGAAAGUGUGGCCUACUUAGAAGAACAGAAUGAUGGCAUAUCACCUCAUUCUAACAGUUCACGAGCUUUGGAAGUUGAAACUUUUGAGCUGAGAGAAGAACGAAAUAUUACUCAAAAGAAAAGUCAAGAAGAGUUUGCAAGUGAAGAAAGCGGACUAUCAGCAGAAUCUGCAAGCCAAGCUAUGGUUCAACUGGUCAAGACAACAAGUUCCCAAGAAGCAUCAAAAUCCUGCAACACCUGUCAUAUCCGCUUGCAAGAAAGAUCAAGAUCCCGCUGUAAGAUGAUAGCUGUGAAUCCAAAUAUUAACACUGAACAACACACAGAGGAUAAUAACUGUGAGGUGCAAGAAGUUAUUGCUAUAGCAAAUGUCUCUGCAGAUAAUUCCAAAGCCACAGAGAGUAACAACAUUUUGAAAGCCUCAGGAGAAACGGCGCACAAGGUAGUUGAAAUUAAUUCAGUUGAUCAUGGCACUCAUCAAAUAGUUAAUGGCAUGGAUGAGGGUAGUUCUAAAGUUAAAAGACAGAAAAGUGGCAAAGUGAAACAGAAAAUUGAAUGGGACAAUCUAAGAUUGCAUGCUGAAGUCACAGAAAAAAGAGAGAGAACACCCAACACAAGUGACUCAUUGGACUAUGAGGCAGUGAGGACUGCAGAUGUUAAUGAGGUUGCUGAUACCAUCAAGGAAAGGGGUAUGAACAAUGUGCUUGCAGCAAGAAUUAAGGACUUGCUUGAUCGGCUAGUAGAAGAUCAUGGAAGCAUUGAUCUUGAAUGGUUAAGAGAUGUUCCACCUGACAAAGCCAAGGAGUAUCUGCUAAGCUUUAGAGGCCUGGGCUUGAAAAGCGUGGAGUGUGUGCGACUUCUGACACUUCACCAUCUUGCUUUCCCAGUUGACACAAAUGUGGGACGUAUAGCUGUGAGACUGGGAUGGGUACCCCUGCAACCACUUCCUGAGUCUCUUCAGUUGCAUCUUUUAGAACUGUAUCCAGUUCUGGAGUCGAUUCAAAAGUAUCUAUGGCCACGACUGUGCAAGCUUGACCAGAGAACUCUGUAUGAAUUACAUUACCAGAUGAUUACAUUUGGAAAGGUUUUCUGUACAAAGAGCAAACCAAAUUGCAAUGCGUGUCCGAUGAGAGGGGAGUGCAGGCAUUUUGCAAGUGCAUUCGCAAGUGCAAGGCUGGGGCUGCCAGCACCAGAGGAGCGUAUGGCAAGUUUAACAGAAAACAGAACUGGUCAAAGCUCUAUUGGGUUGAUAGAACAAUGCCACAUAACUCUACCUUCAGCUAGUGAACAAUGGCAACAACUGUCUGACAUCCAAAAUUGCAACUCUGGUAUUGAAGAACCAGCAACACCAGGGAGUACAGUUGAGGUACCAGCAACAUCAGGGCCUAUAGUUGAGGUACCAGCAACAUCAGGGACUAUAGUUGAGGUACCAGCAACAUCGGGGCCUAUAGUUGAGGUACCAGCAACACCAGGGCCUAUAGUUGAGGUACCAGAAACACCAGGGCCUAUUAUUGAGGUACCAGCAACACCAGAGCCAGAACCAAUACAAGAAGAAUUUGAUAUAGAGGACUUCUGUGAAGACAGUGAAGAAAUUCCCAUGAUCAAACUCAACAUUGAAGAGUUCACUCAAAAUUUGCAAACUUAUAUGGAAAAGCAUAUGGUACUUGGAGAAGGUGACAUGUCAAAGGCGUUGGUCGCCUUAACAUCAGAAGCUGCCUCGAUCCCCACUCCUAAACUUAAAAAUGUGAGCCAGCUAAGAACAGAACACCAAGUCUAUGAGCUUCCAGAUUCACAUCCUCUCUUGGAAGGGCUGGACACGAGAGAACCUGAUGAUCCUUGCUCAUACCUUCUUGCAAUUUGGACACCUGGGGAAACUGCAGAUUCAAUUCAGCCACCAGAAGGACAAUGUUGCUCCCAAGAAUCUGGCACAUUAUGCAGUGAAGAAACAUGUUUCUUUUGCAACAGCACAAGAGAGGCAAAUUCCCAAACCGUUCGAGGGACGCUCCUGAUACCAUGUCGAACCGCUAUGAGAGGGAGCUUUCCACUCAAUGGCACAUAUUUCCAAGUCAAUGAGGUGUUUGCAGACCAUGAGUCAAGCCUUAACCCAAUUGAUGUUCCGAGAUCUUGGUUGUGGAAUUUACCAAGAAGAACAGUUUAUUUUGGAACUUCUAUACCAACGAUAUUCAAAGGCCUGACAACAGAAGAUAUUCAAUACUGCUUCUGGAGAGGGUUUGUUUGUGUGAGGGGAUUUGACCAGAAGACACGAGCGCCCCGCCCGCUAAUGGCCAGGCUACACUUUCCAGCUAGCAAGUUAAAAAGAUCAAGGCCAAAAACUGAUGGAAACUAGACGUUAUUGUGGUGCAGACGUUGAUGCAGUCUCUGUAGUCAAUCCCAGGUAUAAAUGGCAAGAUAACCAUGUGCAAACAGCAGCAGCAGACAUACAGAUUUUGCAAAAGACAUUGUCGUCAUGGCCAGAGUGGCAUGAUUCAUAGUUUAGGGAUCUCAUAGAGACAGCAGUUAGCUUGUAUGACUGAAAGAUGAAAUACAAUGCUUUAUUAUUUUUGU